AAGCAGGACAGAUAAGUCUCAAAGUUAUGAGAGCAUUUUAACAACGCGGACAACUGUUACAGUGCGGAAGUGGGUGCAUGCAGGGAAGCAAAAACAAGUGAUUAUUGAAAGUGUAUGGCACCUUACUCCUGUACCAUGAAUCCUGUACAAGGGCCACUGUCCCACGAGGUAACACAACACAAAAAGGAAGAGUCGGACAAGGAAGACGUCCACUUAAAAGACGGAAAAGGAUGUAAAAGUAAGCUUUCCAGUCACCCGUUCAGCGUGGAAGCUCUUAUUUCUGACAGAACGCCUUGCAGGACUCCGUGUAUAUCCUCAGAGAGACGUGUGAUUUCAUCUAAGCCUCCUGUUGACCACCCGAAGGAGCAGUCUCCUAGGACACUUUACGCAGAAAAAUGUAUUUCUCCGGAGAGCUUUCCACAUUUAAUUGACUCUUCCAAAAAUGAACCAGAAGAUGAUAAUGACAAGGAUCAGAAUAAUUGGUUUCAGAAUUCUACUUACUCAACUCCGCCCAGACACUCCAGCCCUCCUCCGUGCACGCUAAGGAAGCACAAGAACAACAGGAAGCCGCGGACCCCGUUCACCACCUCACAGCUGCUGGCACUGGAGAGAAAAUUUCGGCAGAAACAGUACCUUUCCAUUGCAGAAAGAGCCGAGUUCUCCAACUCUCUGAAUCUUACUGAAACGCAAGUUAAAAUUUGGUUUCAGAACAGGAGAGCGAAAGCCAAGAGACUUCAAGAAGCUGAACUUGAAAAACUGAAGCUGGCAACUAAACCGCUGCUGCCGUCUUUUGCGUUUCCUUUCCCGCUCGGUGCACAAUUGGGUUCCCCCUCGCUUUACGGACCUUCCGGCUCUUUACCCAGGCCGGCUCUGCCUAUGCCGGGGCUCUUCAGCGCUCCGGUCACAUAUGGGAUGUACUACUUAUCAUAAACCAUUUAUGUGGGACAGCGAGACUGUUUACAGACAGUACUUCGUCAUGCAAAGGUGCUCGAAGGUUUAGCCAGAUUGGCAACGAAAAGAACACUUCACUACUCUGCAAAAAAAAAAA